AUGGCUGUGUAUGGAAAUAGCAAACAAUGUGACAUACAUGCAGCCACAGGCCGUGUUGUGACGUUGGCUGAGCGUCUCUUAUUAUCUGAGUCAGACUUGGCAGCGGGCAGCGCUGUGCCAGGCCGGUCCCAGCGAGGAGAGCGGAAAAGGAGGAGGGAUGCUGGAGGGGCUGACUCUGCAGGGAUGGUAUCCAGGAAUAGAUGCGGUCAGAUGGGGCAGUAUCGAUCAGCAGGGGGUCAGAGGAUCAGCUGGUGGGGAAACGUAGGCCGCUCCCACGUCACAAGGAUGUACAUCGUGUACAACACUUGGCAGGUACUGUAUUUACAGUAUAGACAGAUUGUGGCCUUUGAGUAAGGACAGCAGGUUAUUAUGUUGUGCAGUCCUUAACACACUGCUCUGAAAUUAGAGGCUUUUUCACUGAUGCAAAGUGAAUACAGAUACACUCUCAUCUCACUUUUUUUUGCUCUUAAAGACACAUAUUGCCACAGUUUGAUUUGAUGUGUUCUGAAGUGAUUAUGCAUUGAAGUGGGUGGACAGGUUAGCACUUUAUGAGUUCAUAUGAGUUCAUAAAUCAAGAGUGAAAUACAUAUUCAGAAAAUAGUUUCUGUUAAAAGCCUUGAUUAGAAAAUCUAAAACUCAUAAAAAUGUUCCCCUCCUGCAACAGAACAUUCUGUACAUUGAAUCUUUACAUUUUUAUUCAUCCAGUUUCUUUGAAAUACUGCACAGAAAGUCUUCUUAUUUUUUACCCACCUUUGUCUUAUCAAAAAAAAAUCACAGGCACAAAACAAAAUGAGAUAUUUAUGAUUAUUUAAGCUGCCACUGAGCCAUCACAGUUAUUUAAAAAGAGCUCUUUAAAAAGUUUACUUGUGUUCAUUCUGGUGAACACUUUAAAUGGACUGAACCUAAAUUCAGUCCGCAUCACUUUUAACCGAGUGAAUAUCCUGCAUGCAAUAGCUAUAUUUAGGAGUAAGGCUCAGUUCUGAGAGCUUCCUGCUCUUCCACAUGCUUACAUGGACUGCCGAAGUCUGCAGCAGGGAGAGCACAUCUCCCCUUUAUCCAAGUGCAUAGAUGAAAAACAAAGGCAGGGGGAAUAGAAGCAAAGACCCCCAAGAGUACAGAAGAGAGCAGGCAUCUUUGACAGUAGAUGUGCUGGUAAAAUCAGACACAUCAUAAAAGGAGGAGGUGGGUUGCAGGAGGGCAAUAAGAGUAAGAGUAGGCAGUUAAAAUAGCAUGACCAUUUUGGACUUGCUAAUGUGUAGAAGAUAAACUGCUGAGCUGUCAGCUGAAGUAUCACAAUUUUUUUGUUUUACAAUUUUUAAAUUGAUUUUUCUGUUCAAAAAUCUUUUUUUUUUUUUUUUUUUCAAAUUUAGGAAUUAAUCUUAAAAACUGACCUACAUGUGGUAUGUAUUUUUGGGGGAAAUAUGGUUCCUGGAAUAGUCAGUAGACAAUCAUAAUCAUUCAACUGUUUCACUGGUGUUAAAAUGCAGACUGAAAAAUCAAGAAAAUCGACAAUAUUGCAGAAUCGCAAUUUAAAUCGAGUCGGCAUCCAAAAAAACGCAGAAGAAUCGAAUUGGGAGAAAAGCAUAUCGUCUCAGCCCUAUUGUGUAUGCUGAGUUUGACUAUCAUGGCCUGCCUGAACUAUGCUUUGCUAAAUUUAUAUACAAUGUGGAAAACUGUCUUCAGCCUCACAGAAAAAUCACACAAUCACCUGACUUACAAAUAAGACAACCCUCAAACACAGGGGAGAGCUCUCUGAAUCUAUCAUCUCAACUUUAUCCAUAAGUAAAGAACACAACCUUCAGAAGUGGUAGUUAUACUUUUAAAAGUUAGGAAACAAACUUAUUUCAUAAAAAGCAGCCAUCUUCACAGACAAUUUAAUUUGUGGAAGAAGAAAAUCCCUUGCAGGGUUGGAGUUGAUUUUUGGCAUCAAAACUUUGGGCUCAAUAUUCCUCUCUCAUAUUUUGGAUACUUUUGAAAUGUUGAAAGCUUGAUUUUAGACAUUAAUUUAAUGGUUAAAAACUAAAGCAGGUGUUAGUGUUUCAACUUUUCUGUUAUGUAGAUCUAGCUGUUAUGUCAGGCAUAUAUGCCUCUUUAUAUGAUGUUUCUAAUUUAUGAAAAAAGAGCAUAACAGAGCUCCUCAUUUCGCAUAAUCUUUGACAGCAUCAGACGGCUCUCGAUGUUCUCUCAGUCAGAAGAUUGGUAUUCAUUUGCAGCUCUUAAAGCCCACAUGACGAAGAGUCCUUGGGCAAAACACUGAACCCUGAACUGCUCCUAAUGGCUGUGCCAGGAGUGUGUACAUCACAUGAAUAGGAUGAGUUAAUACCACUUUACCUUGCUGCCAGAGUGUAAAAACAUGUAUCCCACAAACUUCUCUGGCUUUGACAAUGAAAGACAAUAUUACUGCUGCAGCUAAAAAGCUCAUAGAAAUACCUACACAUGCCUAUUGUGUGUUGUACCAGGAAGGUUUUCAUCAGAAAAACCUACGUACACAUUUCUAAUUUCACAGUGCACCAUUUAACCAUCAGAACGAUCGUCAAAAUCAAUUUUCAGUGCAAGAAACCUUUAGAGUUGUAAGUAAAUUCUUGUUUCAAUCUGCCAUGUGCGCAGAAUUUAAAAGAAGACAACCAUAAGCAUUUUACGAGCUUUCCAUAAAAGCCAUUCAUAAAGCAGUUCUCACACUCAGGCUCUUACAUCUGCAUAAUUUAACUCUCUAAUAAAGCUUUAGGUUUGAUCUUUAUUAAAAUUAUUCCUCGUGCUGAUCUAUAAAGAACUGACACUCAGACUUCAACCGUGUCUUCCUCCUCCCUUCUUUCUCUUUGCUCCUCAGUUUUUUUUUUUUUUAUCUGCAGUCCUUCAAUUUUCUCCCUUCACUCUCAGAGUUUCAGAGGCCCAGAGCACACUGAAACUGGAGUGGACAUCUUUGCUUUUUGGUUAUUUAGAGAGUGAAGACUCUGACAGAGGGCAGCCAUCCUGCUGUCCUCAUCUGACAGCUCUGCCUCUCUGCUCUCAGCUGCCUUUUAUAUCCUCUGUUAGUCCUCUCUUGCUUUUUUACAGAGCUGGCUUAUUUUGGCUCACAUUUUAAAUAUGACCUUGUCUUUCAGGCGGAAAAAUUCAAUCUUGUUACAGCAUGGAUUUAGGUUUUAAAUACAAAUACAAUCGUAGUUUCGGUUUUUCAAUCUUGACGUUUUCAUCGAUCUCUUUCUGAAUAGAUGUUAUUAAGUCUUACAAAAUGAUCCCCUGUGAAGGGAUAGACAAUAAAGGAAAAAUAUCUUGCCAUUUGUAGAUACAUGUAAAGAAAGACAAACGUAUGAGGUUAGACUAUAACUGAGCAUGCAUUCUCAGGAAAAGGAAACAUUAUUUCUUCUUACCCUCUGCACUCUAAACAGUGACAUAUUCACUCUGGACUAUCCUUGAACAUCACAAGAAAAAAAAACCUGUGAAAGCAUUGAACAAGAAUCAGAGAAUUUCUAAAGAAAUCAGUCCAACACUUGAAAAGAUGGCCCACAGCGUGACUGCCCUUGAGACGUUUCCCUCAGCGAUUCUGCAGCAAAGAAAAAAUAAAUCAUAGCGGAUAAAAAAAGGUGACGGCCAUGGCUGUCUGUAAAGAAAAAUAACAGUGCCUCUUUCUUUUUGAUUGCAGUCAACAAGCCACAGAGUUAGUCAGAGUUUGCAGAGGCGUCAGCAGCAAAGAGGAAUUUACUGUAGGUCUUUAAAGAGGCAAAAAGUAGAGUUUAAAGUAACAUAAAACAGCUUGUAAUAUGCAUAAGCAGUGCUCAGACACAUCAUUGUGUGUUAAUGUAAUAUCAUCGCAAAAAAUACAUCAACCAGUAAUGUCAUCAACAUGGCAAAUGGGGUUUUAUGCUUGGGUAAUCUGAUGAGGAUGCAAUAUAUCUUUUUUUUUUUCAGAUUAUUUAAUCCAAAGCGUUUUCUCUUAUGUAGUUUUUAACACCUAUACCAAUAAUAACUUUCACUGGCUGGCUAAGGACUUCACUUAAACUGUAAUUCAGGAAACUGUGUGCAGAAUUUUCUGGCAUUUUUAGAAGAAUAUAACACAUGUGUUGUUGGGGCCUAACAGAUAAAAUCUUUUUUCUUUUUUUUUUUUUUUUUUUAAAUUUCAGUGUGUUGCACAGAGGCCAGGAAAUAGUCUCUGGCCAAAGAUUUGAUCUUUAUAGCUGGACUUAGAGGAUCAGUCGUUUUUUCAAACAUUUUCCGACAACUACAGAUUCACAUUGAAUCCUUAAAUAUGUAAAUGAAAAAGACUAGAGUGUAAUAUGGAUUAGCACUUAUAUGCUUUCUUAUUUUAUUAUUUAAUGAAUAAUCCAAGUGAAUGAAUGGUGGCAGCUUUACACAAUGGUCUGACUCAGAGGGCUCUAUUUUCGUGUCCGCCGGGGACGCGGCAGAGGGUGGCGGACCCCGCACAGUUGUAUUUUCGUCCGGCGGAGCCCGGCGUACAGCCAGUUUGGUAUUUUCGUGGACUGAGGCGCACCGAGGUCUGCCAAGCUGGGCGUGGUGGCGUGGCAGGGGGAGGUGUCGACAGAAUCGGCUGGCACAGUGACAUUUUCAUGCUCGCCACCGGUGUGUAAAGUGCGCUGAAAGCUCGCCGAUUCAGACCUGGUCAGCUUUCAGCGCAGGCGGAGCGCAGCUGGUCUAGUGGUAUUUUAGUAGACCGGCGGGGUAUCGGCAUACGUCACUGAUGCCUCACUGGCAGGUUUCCACAGUGUCAGGCACAUUUCAGUGUAAUAAAUAAUUAACAACAAUCUGAGUCAGCACACACAUUUAGAUCUAUAGAUAUAUUCUGAUCUAUAUGUGAUCUGAUGAGCGCGUUUGGCACGCAUUUGGACACACAACCUGACCGAAUUAACACAGCUGAAAGCACAUUAAAUUAAAUAUCUAGUAAAUAGACACACAUGAUGAAGUUAACAAGAUAUGUAAUUCGUCUCCCUUCUUUUCUUUCUUCCUCUUCCUCUUAUUUGUCGCGCAGCUCGACCUGGACAUGUCUCCGUGUCCUCUCCCCGUCCUGCUGCAGCAGCUGCAGCAGCUGAACAGAUGAUUUGUUUCAGUGCUCAGAUGAGUUAUUUACUUUAAGCCUACAUACGGAUAUUAUGAUAUUCAGUUUUGUGAGCCAAAUUUAUUUUAUAUGCCAACAUCUAUGAAAGAAAGAGCCAGGCCACAGAGCUUGAUGCGUCAUUACGCACAGGUUUGGUUCAGAUUUUAAUGCAAUUAUUAGAAUUUAUGAUGUGAUCUGUGCGCACAACCCACCUUUGUCACAUGAGGUUUGAAUAUGUGCAACUUUAUCUGAGUGUCUUUAUUUGUGGAAAAGGGUGUUUGUCUUACCAGUGGGUCCAACAUUACACACACCAAAUCCAUCUGUGCUUAUAUGAGAGAGUGUGAAGGACGCCCUCUGCAGAGUUUACACCGACAGUUGUUGAGGAGCUGCCUUCUGUCGCCAUCAUGUGGCAUUGCUGUCUUCAGACAUCUAUGAUCUCUUGGACUACUUCACGAAAAGUGUAAUAUGCCCCGCCGGUGGCGGAUUUAAAGGCGAGGAGAGGAGCUUAUGUGAUUGGUGAAAACAGGUCUCGGCUGUGUUAAACCCACUCCACGCCCUCUCUCCUCCCUCACUACAACUUACGCCGCUGGGAGGAGCUGAGUUAGGGAGGGGGGAUGCUUAUGCCGGGCUGCGCCGCUAACCAAAAUACCAAAUUGUGCUUGGGAACGCCUUGUCGGCGCAGCGGAUUGUUGUGAAAUUUCAUUUGGGGGCAAAAUGUGUUUGUUUUUUUUUUAGCUAUUCUUUACACCUAGCCCCAAUUUCUGCAAAGGGAAAAUCUGAAUGGGGCAAAUGUGUCAAAAAGGCUAACUUGACAAUGCUCACUCUUUUCUUCAUCAAAUUUGCUGAGGUAUGAGCUAGGUUUCUACCCUACAUCACCAAAAAGCAGAAUGUAAUUUACCUAAAUAAAUACUGAAAUAUAGUCAGCCCUUUUUUGAAGACCUGCUGCUGGACAAGAAGGGAAAAACUGGUUUUAAAAUGAGACUACGAAUGUAUUUGUUCGCCACAUCAUAAUAUCAUCUUGAUUACUGAUUGAGCAAGGUUUUGUCAUGUGAUACAUGAAAGGUAUGUUGCUUUUCCUUAUGUUGUUUUUGUUUUUUACUUGAAGUGUUGUUGUUUUUUUUCUUUAAUUAACAUUGUGAGUAGUUGAGAUUGUAAAUACUGUGUUUUGUAUAUAUUGUCUGGACCCCAGUAAGACUAGCUGUCAUCUUGGCGUCAGCUAAUGGGGAUCCUUUUAUAUAAACAAUAAAAUGGAUUUUGAGAUUUUUCACCAAAUGACACCAAAUAUUUAGGUAAUCUUUGGAGAAACAGCUCUUUUCAAAUGACUUUCAGAAAAAAUUCAUGUUGACCGAGGCAGGAAAAUAGUCUACACAAAUAUAGUAAUGAUUUCCAGAUGCUGUUGAGGGGCUGGGGUUCAGGCUAUGACUAAAACUUCAGAUAUCUUUUUCCAGAUAUCUUAAAUCUACUGAUAAGUGUUAAUUUUGUCAUUUCAAGAAUAAUCAUAAAGAUAAAUGCUGAUGAAACAAACAAAAAAAGAGGAAUUAUAUUAAAAAUCAUGCAACUCUUUCCCCAAGAGGGCCAAAUUCUUCAAUGUGUGGCUCAUCAAUACUUGACCCACCCAUUAUCACAGGUGUGACACUUUGUGAUUCAUGUCACUCUCCAGUUAAUUUCAUACCGUUUGUUUUUCAACACUGUGAAUAUUGGUCAUAAUUUAGUGUUUGAACCUUUCUCAAAGCUGAGUUCAUGUUUUCUUUCACUAAGCUGAGAAUAACCUUGUAAAACAGUCAAGUAUGUUUCUAAGCUCUAUAGCGCUGCGCAUCAGACUGGCCUUGUUUUUUAAUUGGAAGAAAGCAUGAAAAAUGACAUCCUCUGCUCUCAACUCUUGGGAAAAGGCUAAUAAUACAAGUCAAGUACAGGGCCCUCAUUUUUGUAACCCAAAUCUGAAUCUAAUGUUUGGUCUGUUCAGACUUUGAGCUUUUUCUUUCCUCAGCACCAGGUGGGAUUUUACUUUUUGUGUCAUAGUUUAGUGUGAGGCACAAACAAACAUCAUCGUCAGUGUGUUAUUAGACUCUCAGUCAAAGUUGCCUGACUGCACUAAAUUACAGGGACAGAAUACAGGUUUACUUUUUCUGUGGUCCAGAACUAUUUUCAUUUCUCUCAGAUGAAUGCGUUGCAAGAGAAAGACAAGACAAAGUGCUUUCAGUCCCUUUUAUCCCGGGGGUUUCCUCCAGCUGAGUCUCACUUCUUGGUUUAAACCAUCAAACCGAGUUUCAUGUGGUCCAGAGCUCAUCCUGAGCUGAAAAUCUCAGCAGACAUGAAAUAUUAACAGCAUAUCUAUCUGUGUCUCCCUCCUGGAAUAGCUUCAGUAUACCUGGGCUUCAUGUUGGUUUUCAGCUGAUGAAGAUUAA